GAGGGGGGGGAAGGCAAGAAUGCCCAGUUAAUCCCUCUGUAUGUUGAAAACUCAAAUGUGAAUGCUCCUUUCCAUCCGUACAAUUACACGCCUCCGGUUGAGCGUAUGCGGAGAAGUCUCAUCGGAGGGGAAAAAGGCACGCGGAAGAACAGAAGCGGGGAAGUCCAGGCGGAGAAGCCAAAACGGGGGAGAUGAAGGCUGUAACUUCGUGCGCCCCCGACUCGGCUAAAAAUUCCGGCCACGUGUAAAAAGAUGCCGCGCACUUUUCUUUGCGCAAGUUGGUUUUUUCUCGUUUGCCGUUUUUACAAUUUUUUUUUAAAAGGGGGUCAUAAAACAGGAUGAACUUCGCAUCACGCAUCAGGCAGUAUGCCGCUCCAGCUCGCAGCUCGCAGCUCGCAACUCGGAAUUCCCAAAUCGCCGCUUUCCCCAUUUCGCCAUUUUGUUUGUUCGCCGCAAUCAAUGGGGCACGUUCAUCCCUGCUCGAAGUUUUUCUAUUUUUUUUUUUUUUUUUUUUCGUCUCUUUUGUUAAUAUUGGCCAACUAGUUAACAGAUAAAGCAUCUUUUCUCCCUCCUUUUUUUUUGGCACACCACCUCAUUUGACGGGUGAAAAAUAUGUACGUUCGUUUGCGUACGGUCAGAAUGCCUAUGCUCACGUCGUUACAUGAGCACCCUCCUGUAUGUUAGUAAACAGCACAAGUAUGCAGAAGAUUGCGAAAUACCAGUCCUUCGUUUAACUUAAGUGCCGAUUCUUCCAAAUUCUUUGUGCAACACGUUGGGUUGGCUGCUAUAUGAGAAGGAAAAAAAAAUAAAAAAAAAAAAAAGUUGAGCCGCUCCCCGCAGAACUUCGCAGAGUCGAAUAAAUCAACCCGCCUAACCAAAAACUCAACGCUUUUUUAAAAUGAAGAAGAGAAGUGUGUAUCUCUACAUACCCAAUAUCAUUGGCUACAUCCGAGUGAUACUGGCUCUGUGGGGAUUCGUUGUAUGCCGGAAGAACCUGAUUCUGUUUGCCGUUCUCUACGGCACGAGCCAAAUAUUAGAUGCCUUCGACGGGUGGACGGCAAGGAAGUUCAAUCAAACCUCCGUCUUCGGCCAAAUAUUAGAUCAAAUCACGGACAGACUGUCCACAACCCUGCUGUACCUCCUCAAUGGAAACGUCUACGAUGAGUACAUUAUUGCGAUAGGACUAAUCAUGAUUGCCGACAUAGGAGGGCACUACUUUCACUCGUCAUCAUGCGCCAUAGCGGGAAAUAAAACACACAAGAAAAUCGAGAAGGGAAACCGGCUGCUGAAGCUGUACUACGAGAGGCCGGUCGUCAUGGUCAUUUGCAUCAUCGCGUACGAGUCCUUCUGGUUCGCCGCAUACGUGUUUAAGGUCACCCCCAAAAAUAACAUCCUCCACAAAAUGGCCCACUACGCCCUACUAUGUUCCUCCCCCCUGGCGGCAUUUAAAAUGUUCACGAACAUCUCGCAGGGAAUACACGGCGCAAAAUGCCUAGUAGAUAUGGACAACAAGAAGAAAUGAAGGAGAAAAUGGCAAAGUUGUUUCACCUUAUAGUUGUUAUGCGUACGUGUUGGUUCGUUUAAUAAUUUUUUGAUUUAUUUUUGGGUUUAUUUAUGGAUUUUUUUUUAUUUUAUUUUUUUUUCUUUUUUGCAACUCGAUGACAACGUUUUUGUUCCUUCUUUUUUUUUUUCACCCUUUUCAACCUUGUUGCUAACAAAAUGAUACAUUUUGAUGUGAUCAGAUCGGGUAAAAAAAAUGAAAAGUAAUUAUAGUGUACACAAUUUGAAUGGGCGGAAAAAACAGUGUGAGAAAAUUAAAAAAAGAGAGUUGCAUAAGUAAUUGUGUAUACCUUUUUUUUUUUUUUUUACCCACGUUUUGGAAUUACAUUUUUGUUUAUGCGGCAUAUGGGAUGUGUUUAAGUUGUACGCAAAGUGUAUAUAUAUAUGUUUGUAUGGCAAGAGUAAAUUAUUUUGUAUGUACAAGGGGAGCGCAUUUGGUG